AUGUCUGAACCAAGUUCGAAGGAUACGGUGCUAAAAACAGCCAUGAUUUACGUGUGCGGUGAAUGUCACCAUGAGAAUGAAAUGCGUCCUAGGGAUCCGAUUCGUUGCCGGGAGUGUGGAUAUCGUAUAAUGUACAAAAAGCGUACCAAGCGACUUAUCGUCUUCGAUGCCAGAUAG